AAAAUACGCGGCGCCAAGUCAAGUCACUCACACAAUAAUUAGUGUGUACGAUAACCACACAAUAAAAAUUCCCUUCCAUUGAGAAGCCACCUUUAUUAAGGAGAAGAGCUCCUCUAGUCUUUAAGAUUCACAUAAAAACAUCUCUUUCUUAUUGAGCCUUGAAGCCCUUCUUGAAAUCUCUUUGAAUUUUUCAAAUACAAUCAAAAUGGCUAAUGCAGCGUCCGGGAUGGCUGUGCAUGAUGACUGCAAGUUAAGGUUCUUGGAGCUGAAAGCAAAAAGAACGCACCGCUUUAUUGUUUUCAAGAUAGAGGAGAAACAAAAGCAGGUUGUGGUUGAAAAGGUUGGUGAGCCAGCCCAAGGUUACGAGGAUUUCACUGCGUGUCUUCCUGAUAAUGAAUGUCGAUAUGCUGUCUACGAUUUUGAUUUCGUCACUGCAGAGAAUUGCCAGAAAAGCAGGAUCUUUUUCAUUGCAUGGUCCCCUGACACAUCAAGGGUGAGAAGCAAGAUGAUCUAUGCCAGUACAAAGGAAAGAUUCAAGAGAGAGCUUGAUGGAAUUCAGGUUGAGUUGCAAGCAACCGACCCAACCGAAAUGGGACUUGAUGUUAUUAAGAGCCGCGCCAACUAGAUAUCGACUGAUAGGUAUCAGAUGGACCUUAUAAGAAGUGAAAACUCCUAAUGCAAUCAUCUUUUUUACUUUUAAGGAAAUAUUUACAGUGUGACAGAUACUUGGUAUAUUGAUUGCCAAGUGCUCUACAGUAUAUGUACUUUUUAAUGAACAAGUUCUAUGGUGUUUGAUAUAUGAUGUAAUUUGUUACCUUUUUUUGUUCCAAGUUUUCAACUAGUAGUUUGAUUCUAUAAACUAAUAUGUAUCCAUUUCUGAGGGAUAAGGUACAUUUUAGAUUGUUUUCCUAAA